AUGCCGGUUCCUUCUCUGCCUCUCUUUGUUGCAGCAGAGCAACAUGCACAGAAUCCCGAAAAGAUCGCCGUCAUCGAUACCACCAAACAACAAUCCUUCACAUUCGUUCAAUUACUGGCCGAUGCAGCAGCAUUAAGGAAGCGCAUAAUUGAACAAUUGCGAUUGACAGGAGAUUUGGAAGAACGACGCAUUGCCUUCUUGGUCCCAAAUGGAUAUGACUACGUUGCUACGCAAUGGGCCGUGUGGGCCGCCGGAGGUGUCUGUGUUCCACUGUGCACAAGUCACCCAGUGAAGGAACUGCUAUACACCGUCGGAGAUUCGGACCCCUCAUUGAUUAUUGUGCAUCCGCAUUUCGAGAAGAUCGCACCCUCGCUGCGCGAAGGAUGCGCCGACCAUAUACCAUUCAUGGGACUGGAGCCCUUCUCUCGAAAUGAAGCCCCGACCCUACCUUCUUUCUCCCCACCGUUUGCGCUCACUCGCCGCGCCCUGAUGAUCUAUACGUCUGGAACCACAUCAAACCCCAAGGGCUGCGUGACGACACACGAGAAUAUCACUUUCCAAGCAAGCUGUCUGGUCAAGGCCUGGGAAUACUCUCCCUCGGACUGUCUUAUUCACGUACUACCGCUCCACCACGUCCACGGUAUCAUCAAUGGCCUGGCUGCCAGUUUCCUCAGUGGUACCACGGUGGAGAUGCAUCCGAAGUUUGAUCCGAAAGUGAUCUGGGAGCGGUGGCAGGACCGCGGCUCCUCGACCUUGUUCAUGGCUGUGCCGACCAUUUACUCCCGUUUGAAUGACUACUUCGAUGCUCAUAUCCGCGGGACGGAACAAGAAGAUGCCGCGCGGGCUGGAGCUCGUACUUUACGGCUGGUCGUCAGUGGAUCUGCGGCCCUCCCAACCCCAAUCAAAGAAAAGUUCGCCGAAAUCACCGGCCAGGUUUUAUUAGAGCGAUAUGGAAUGACUGAGAUCGGCAUGGCGAUCAGUUGUGGGCUGGAUAUUCAAAAGCGUAUCGAUGGCAGUGUGGGGUGGCCAUUGCCCGGCGUCGAGGUCCGACUGACCGAAAAAGAAACCGGUCGGAUUGUGGAUGGUGUGGAUGAGGACGGCAUGAUUGAGGUUAAGGGCGGUAAUGUCUUCUGUGAGUACUGGCGGAAACCGGAAGCGACAGCGUCGGAGUUUACAGCGGAUGGAUGGUUCAAGACCGGCGAUGUUGCUAAACGCGAUUCGAGCGGUGCUUACUUCAUCCAAGGCCGUGCUUCUGUCGACCUGAUCAAAUCGGGUGGGUAUAAGAUUUCGGCGUUGGAAGUUGAGCGCAAGAUGCUGGCCAUUGAUGCGAUUCAAGAAGUUGCUGUAGUUGGAUUGGCAGACCAAGAAUGGGGCCAGCGAGUGGCUGCGGUCGUCAAGUUCCGAGAAGGGAAUACGCUCGAUCUUCCUACUCUACGUGCUGAGCUCAAGAACGAGAUGGCUCCUUAUAAGAUCCCAACCGUUCUAAAAGCUGUGGAUGGGAUCGAGCGCAAUGCCAUGGGCAAGGUCAAUAAGAAGGUCAUUGUGCAAAACUCAAACCCGAUUAUCCUAGUUACCAUGGCCUCAGAAAAGCACAAUGUGCCUACUGGCACCGAGAGCGAUACCAGUUCAAGUAUUAAGGGCAUCAACGAGAAGGCCUUGUUACGGAAAUUGGACUAUCGUCUUUUACCACCACUCACACUACUCUAUUUACUGUCCUUUUUGGAUCGCAGUAAUGUGGGAAAUGCCCGCUUAGAAGGAAUGACAACCGACAUCAACAUGUCAGGAAACCAGUACCUUACAGGUCUGACUCUAUACUUUAUCGGCUAUGUUCUUUUUGAGAUUCCUUGCAAUAUCAUCUUGAAAAAAACCACCCCGAGAAUAUGGCUUCCGACUCUCACUCUUGUCUGGGGAGUAGUCGCUACACUCCUGGGAGUAGUACAGAAUUACUCAGGAUAUCUGUCUUCACGAUUCUUCUUGGGUGUUGCAGAGAGUGGAUUGUUCCCCGGGGUGGUGUUUUACCUGUCCAUGUGGUAUAAACGGAAUGAGCAACAUUAUCGCGUGGCUCUAUUUUUCAGUGCUGCCUCGCUGGCAGGUGCCUUUGGUGGUAUCCUAGCUUGGGCAAUUUCUCACAUGCAAGGCGUGGGAAACUUGAAUGGUUGGAGGUGGAUCUUCAUUCUGGAAGGGCUAUUGACCAUUGUUGUUUCGAUUAUCGCCUAUUUCUGGGUGUAUAAUUACCCAUCAACAGCCGAGUUCCUAUCAAAGGAAGAACGGGAGUUCGUCCAAUUACGUUUGAAGAAUGACAGCGAUGCCACUCGGGAUGAGGAAUUCACCUGGUCAGCAGUACUGGAUGCAUUCAAAAACCCCAAAGUCUGGCUGUAUGGACUUGGAUUCCACACAAUGUCCUUGCCACUGUAUACAUUAUCGCUCUUCCUUCCAACGAUCAUCAAAGAACUCGGAUACUCAGCCGCAAAGGCCCAGCUGCUUUCCGUGCCACCGUACGCGGUAGCGUUCUUCAUGACCAUUGGAGUUGCGAUUGCUUCUGAGAAGACUCGCAGUCGUGCCCCAUUUAUCAUGGGAUCAUCCGCCAUUGGGUGUAUCGGAUACAUUCUGCUGCUAUCACAACACCGUGCUGGCGUGUCUUAUGUCGGAACCAUCUUCGCUGCGGCAGGCAUUUACCCAGCUGUGGCCAUUGUGCUGUCUUGGCCUGCCAAUAACGUAUCUGGUCAGACUAAACGUUGCAUUGCCAAUGCCAUGCAGAUCUCAAUUGGCAAUCUGGGUGCGGUCCUUGGAACACAAUUAUAUCGUACCGAGAGUAGCCCACGGUACUUCCUGGGUCAUGGCUUUGCCUUGGGGUAUCUGGUUGCCAACAUUGUGGUCGUUGGGGUCCUAUGGGAGGUUCUCCGACGGGAAAAUGCCGAAAAGGAGCGUGUUAGAGAAGUCCAGGGACUGAGCCCGUUGAUGGGAGAUGUGGGUGAUGUCGGAGAAUUCCAAGGAGACAAAGAUCCUCGCUGGGUGUUCCAAACUUGA